CUCCGAGCGAAACACCUCACUCCCUCUCUCCCAUCCGAAGCUCCAGCCGCAGCCAUGGCCCCCAAGGCAGACAAGAAGCCGGCCGCCGAGAACAAGGUGGAGAAGGCGGCGGAGAAGACCCCCGCGGGCAAGAAGCCCAAGGCCGAGAAGCGGCUCCCGGCGGGCAAGACUGCGUCCAAGGAGGCCGGCGGCGAGGCGAAGACGAGGGGCCGGAAGAAGGGCAGCAAAGCCAAGAAGAGCGUGGAGACGUACAAGAUCUACAUCUUCAAGGUGCUGAAGCAGGCAGACAAGAAGCCGGCCGCCGAGAACAAGGUGGAGAAGGCAGCAGAGAAGACCCCGGCAGGCAAGAAGCCCAAGGCCGAGAAGCGGCUACCGGCGGGCAAGACGGCCUCCAAGGAGGCCGGCGGCGAGGCGAAGACGAGGGGCCGGAAGAAGGGCAGCAAGGCCAAGAAGAGCGUGGAGACGUACAAGAUCUACAUCUUCAAGGUGCUGAAGCAGGUCCACCCCGACAUCGGCAUCUCCUCCAAGGCCAUGUCCAUCAUGAACUCCUUCAUCAAUGACAUCUUCGAGAAGCUCGCCGGGGAGUCGGCCAAGCUCGCCCGCUACAACAAGAAGCCCACCAUCACCUCCAGGGAGAUCCAGACCUCCGUCCGCCUCGUCCUCCCUGGCGAGCUCGCCAAGCACGCUGUCUCCGAGGGCACCAAGGCAGUCACCAAGUUCACCUCCUCCUAGACUGCCGAUGCGUGUGUUUCCUGAAGUAACAGAUGUGGUUGGUUGCUGUUAUCUCCUCUUAGUGGUUGCUGACUCUGGUUAUCUAUCUGCAAGUAGAAGUAGUCGUAGUUGUCUGAAUGCUGUAUGGUUGCCAACACUUUGUUGGCUCGUUUGUUGUAUGAGCUGAUUUUGCUAAACUAUCUGAAUGUUAAUGUCGCAAGCGGUCGCCUCGUUGAAUGUUA